CUAGCACACAUUUUACAGACACCAAUUAUUCGAGCCUUUCAACGCACUUCAGAUCUUACAUUUACCAGAGAUUUGCAUAUAAAUCCGACCAGAUCGAGUUCAUUAGGCGCCAGGAGGAGAGCGUCUAUUCGGGUGAAAAUGAAUGAAGAUCAACGCGCCCUCGCGUAGAGACCAGGUGAAGAGAGAUUUUUACAGUACUCCAUCCAGUGGCACUGUGAGUCAAGAGGAGAAAAGGCAGGAUGUCAGCCAGAGGAGGAAAGAAAAAGAUCACCAAGCUGUCUCGCUCUUCACGGGCAGGAGUCAUAUUUCCUGUCGGGAGGAUGAUGCGUUACUUGCGCACAGGAACCCAUAAGUAUCGCAUUGGCAUGGGCGCCCCCGUCUACAUGGCAGCGGUCAUUGAGUACUUAGCAGCGGAGAUCUUGGAGUUGGCUGGAAAUGCAGCAAGAGACAACAAGAAGGGGAGAAUCACUCCACGACACAUCAAGCUGGCAGUGGCCAAUGAUGAAGAACUCAACCAGUUGCUCAGAGGGGUGACCAUAUCAAAUGGUGGCGUUCUGCCUCGCAUCCAUCCUGAGCUGCUCUCCAAGAAGAGAGGAGCCAAGGCGAAGGUGGAGACUCAGGUGACCGUUCCCGAGAAAAGGGUGAACCGGAAACCCAUCAAGAAACCCAGCAAAAAGAGCAAAGGAAAACCAGGCCGCAAACCCAAAAAAAGCACAGAGAAUGACAAAGAAGCAGAUGCCAACACAGCAACUGAAGACGGACCAGGAGAGGGCUUUACUAUUCUCUCUGCGAAAAGCUUAUUCCUUGGACAAAAGCUGUCUCUUACAGAGAGUGAAAUCGGCAAAAUCGGCACAAUCAAAGUGGAGGGAAUCAUCAAUCCCACAAACGCAGAGAUUGAUCUGAAAGAGGGAAUCGGUAACGCUCUGGAGAAAGCAGGAGGAAAAGAUUUCCUAGAGACCGUCAAGGAGCUGAGAAAAAGCCAGGGUCCUUUGGAGGUUGCAUCAGGUUGAAGUCACACACAUUUCUUGACUCAAGCAGACACAAAUUAGUGUGUGUGCUCUAGCAAUGUUCAAAGGGGCAGGAAAUGACCUAGUUAAAUAUUUGAAUAUAGAAAAAAGUACAGCCGUCAUGGAAACCUAGUGAUACCAGUAG